UACAAGAUUCUGUUUGGUUGUCUGAAUAGGUUGAUGCUGGAUGAAUUGUAUAUGAUGAUAAAAAUACAAUAUUAUAAAGAAACUCACUUUUUUACCAUAUAAUAUAGAGCUGAAAAUAAAUUUAAAAAUUAGUCCAUCAUAUAAGAAGAAUAUUAUUGAUUUUUCAGAUUUUUGAGAAUUUAUUUAAGGCCUUAACAAUUAUUAGAAGUUAUAAAAACAGUUUUUUUUAAGAAUUUUAGUUUUAAUUGUACACAAAUUUUUUGGAUUAAAAUAGUUUGCAUAUGGAUUAUAGAACAUAUGAAAAAAGUUUAGGAUUUUUAGAGGAAUAGAAGAUGCUAUGAGUACUGUUCAUAUGGUACCGACGCGAUAUCAGAUCUCAUUCUGCACCGUGCAUGAUUAAGACAUUCAAAUGCCAGGACUAGAGCUCUUCAGGGUUUAGGAUUUAGGUAAAUAAACGUGAGUGGCUUCCUACUGUCAGGGCAUUGGUUGCAAUGUUAGGUCUAACAUCAAAGCACUUCAACUCAGAGCAGCUAUCUUUGUGCUACUGCUAGUGCCUACUAGUUCUCUCUCUCUCUCUCUCUCUCGGCACAGAAGAGCUCCCUGAAAUUGCCUUGUGGUCAGUCGUUUUGCAUUGUCUUCGUUUCCCUUGGCUGGCCUGCUCAGCUCAGAUGAGAUGCAGACCCCUGCUUGUCCGUCGAAGCAGCUUGAGGCCGGCAUCAAACCAAAGAUGGAGCCCUCCGAGAAGGACUCGCCACUGCUGCCGCCGCCGGCUGCGGACGAUGAUUGGGAGGUCACCCCUCUCUCCGGCAACCACCCCUUCUUCACCAUCGUCAUGUCCAGGUCUCAAGUUCAGAAGUCAUUUCAGCUGACCAUCCCCAUUCGCUUCCUCCGUCACCUCCCGGAGGCGCGCGUGGCCGCUGUCCUCCACUGCCGCGGCAGGUCGUGGGCGAUGAGCUACUGCGGCGACCUCAAGUGCAAGAAGCUCGGCGCGGAGUGGAGAGACUUCGCCGUUGACAACCGACUGCGGGUUGGGGACGCCUGCGUCUUCGAGUUCGUGGGCACUGAAUCCAAAGGUGAAGCCAAGAACAACAACCAGGAGAUGGAGAUUGUGUUCCGGGUGCAGGUGCUCCGCGGGGGCCUGCCGGAGGAGGUCACCUCCAGGGGCGCUACCUCCGACGAGCCCCUGGUCAUUGUGGACUAGAACUGCUACUAGUGUGGUAGUCAGAAUAGUAAAAGGAUUUCUUGCUGCAGCAGCAGAGGAGAUCAGGAGCUAGCUUUUGGAGUUUGUUUGCUCUCUGCAUCCUCCGAUGAUCUAUGUAUCGAGAUUUAACUUUCCUUUUGCCACUCUUCAAAUAUCACUCUCUUCAUCGUGCUUAGCAAUUUGCUAUUCAUAGGAGUGAUAGGACUGUGAACAAUGGCACUGGAGAGAGAAAGGCUCCAGGCGACUCUUUGGGCCAAUGUUGAUCAACUAGUACGAACU